AUGAAAGGGGUUCCCCUUGCGGUGGCGCUCUUGAUAUGCUUGUUUGCCCCGCCAUGCCUCUCGGAACCUACGACGUUGAACGACCAGUUCCGAGCCAUAGCCGUGCUUAAACAAAAAGCACCAGAAGACCCAAUAUGUUGCCUUCGCCCUUUGCCCUCCGUGGAACCGGAGAAAGAGGAUGAUCUGCUGUUGUCCUUCGAGGAGUGGAAGGCGAAGCGCCUCCUAGCGUCAGAGGAGCGGGAUUCCCCUCCUGCUACCGGAUCGCCCAAGGCGAACACCGACGAAGCGGGAUCUGAUGGUGCGGAUCCAUCAUCACCCCCGACCCCGUCCCCGCACGACCUCGCCGAUCCUCACACGCCGCCGGAACAGCAGCAGGAGAAGGAGCAGCAGCACCAACACCAACAGCUCCAGAUGGCACCCCACUUCCGGAUCCCGCUCACGGACCGAUUCAACUACGCCAACUCGGACUGUUCAGCGCGCGUGCACGUCGCGCACCGCGGCGCCAAGUCGGCCUCGUCCAUCCUCUCCUCGAAGAAGGACCGGUACAUGCUCAGCCCGUGCGGCGCGAAAGAGCAGUUCGUCGUCGUCGAGCUCUGCGACGAUAUCCGGAUCGACACCGUUCAGCUCGCCAACUUUGAGUUCUUCAGCGGCGUGUUCAAGGAGUUCACGGUCAGCGUGGCGAAGACGUAUGUGACCAACCCGGACGGGUGGACCUUUGCGGGGCGGUAUACGGCAAAGAACGUGCGAGGGGUGCAGUCAUUCCACCCACCGCCGUCUCUCCGUGACUUCUAUCGCUUCAUCCGGAUCGAUUUACACUCGCAUUACGGCAAUGAAUAUUAUUGCCCCGUAUCUCUACUCCGGGUGUACGGCCUAACGCAGCUCGAAGAGUACAAAUGGGACGUCUGGGAAGCGGAGAGCAGGGCGAAACGCGGUGUUGUUCAAUCGGAGGAACAUCCGUCAUCGGCCCCGGUCGCAACUGAAAUACCAUCUUCCGAUCAACGAGGAGCGGAGACACCAUCGGUCGGAAUCGACGCGCCUUCAGAUUCAUCGACGAGUGUCAUCGAACCUAGGGAUGCCAAACCUUCAACAGGGCCCAGCGCCGCAGAUCACGAUGCGAGCAACGCUUCAGUAUCUUUCGCGGCACCUUCGAGUUCACCACCCACCUCGGACGGGACCACAAGCAGUAUACACACUGUUAUCACUCCCGCGUCAUCCGGUUCCUCCCGGAGCAUGACAAAUAUGACGCCUGAUAACCAGGCCCCCAGCAUCACCACAUCGUUGUCGCGCGCCUCCCAACAAGCCGAGAGCCAGUCUGGCCAUAUCAUAAGUACAAUCUCGUCCUCCAGCACGAAUGUCAGCGAUUCGUCCAACCCACCUACGUCCAGCGUGAAAUCCUCUACCUCCUCUCUUACAUCGGUCGCUGCUCUUGUUCCUACGGCUGUCACUUCAGUGACUGUCUCGUACCCACCGAUACCACCGCCAGUCGCGGGGACAGGCGGCGAAUCCAUCUACCGGACCAUCAUGAAUCGCGUCGCCGCUCUGGAGGCGAACACUACACUAUACGCGCGCUACGUGGAGGAGCAGAUUGCGGGCGUGCGCGAGAUCAUGCGUCGGCUGAGCGAGGACGUCGGUCGGCUAGAGGGCAUCAGCAAGGCUCAAGGUCAGAUGUACCAACGCACGAUCCAGGAGCUCGAGAAGGAGCGCAGGCGAAUUCAAUAUGAACACGGAGAACUGGUCUCGCGAGUUAACUACCUCGCAGACGAGGUAGCCCUUGAGAAAUGGCUUGGCAUCGCCCAACUCUUACUGCUCCUGACCGUGCUUGUGUUCAUGGGCCUCACUCGGGGAUCCCGGGGAGAAUCCUGGCCCGUCACCGUCAGGCGAAGUCAUGGGUCGGUGCGAGAGUGGGGUAAACGAACGUUGAGCUUCGGUGGAGCGAGCGAUUGGAUGAACCGGUUGCGGACCCGCAGCCUGACCGGGCGAGACUCGGCUCCAUCAAUCCCAGCUUCGCCCAGUCCGUCGGAUAUGGGUAAUGGCAAUGGCGUCCACUUCCCAUCGCCCACUCCUCUGCGUAAAGCCGCGAAGGCCAGACCGCCCCCGGUCAACACCCAACUGCAGAUCCCCCCGGAACGACGAGUCUCCGCGGGCGCGCGCACCCCGCGUUCGAUUCCGCUCAGCCGCCACUACCUCGUGCACGCACACCGGCCCACGACGCCCGCCAAGGGAUUCGAGGGCCGGCCGCAGAUGCAGCGCUCCAACUCGCAGGGUCCGUUCGCGGGCCCCAGCGCCGUCGGCGGCGCAGUGGGCUCCGUCCCGCGCUCCGCCAAGCGCUGGGCGCGUAGCGCGCACUUGCACGAGGUGAAGCUGCAACCGGCGUUGGCUCGCUCAGCUGCCGAUGGGAAUGGAGAUGGGGAUGAGGACGGUGCCGGUGUUGGGGCGAAGUCCGACGGGACCGAGGACGCGGCUGAUCUGCCUGCGACGGCGCCGUCCGCGAUGGCGGGCGAUUGGAAACCAGAUGCGCACGGUCCGCUGCUGCGUGCUGGCGGGCAAAGCAAGGCGCGAGCUUCGAGGUUCGCCCCUUCGAGGUUCGCCCCGCGCAGGCCGCUGUCGUCUUCGGUACUCGUUUCGCCUGCGCGCAGCCGCCCGCGAAGCAGGGAACCACCGGCGGAGGAUGAUGGUGGCGAAAGGCGCUCACAGAUUGAGCUGGCUGUUGUGGACGGCGGCGCCGACGCAGAUGGCACGACGGACAACGAUGCGUGGGUGGAUACCGACACCGAGGCGGAGUCGGGCGUGGGGGCUGCAUAGCGAUUUGGCGUGCAUUUAUUUGCGCUGCGCGCGGAGAAUUCAUCUCGUACAUGGCUGCACUUCAUUUAUUUACCUCCUCAUCUGUACCAUACCGCAUAUACAGGAUUUGCAUGCUGC